CGUGAGGCUCCAAUGUGAUUUCUGACGGCUUGUGUAACAUAAUAUAAACCUUGAGGUCCCGCCAGGACUGAAAGGGUUAAAUUGGAAUGGCACCCAGGCGCAGGAAUGCAGUGUAACUAUGGAAACAGAAUAAAAGCGAUUAAUCAAAAAGAAUUCCAAAACGAAACAAAGCGGAGGUUGUCGCAUAGCAACUGUGUGACGCCAUAGCGACCUGUCGUAAAGCGGUAGGCAGGUCUGUUACGAUGACUGCAGUGCAGCGACGGAGCCGGGAGACGUGAUGGCUUCCAAUAUUAGCGAGCUAGAAGCGGCCAAGAAAAACCUUAGCGAGGCGCUGGGAGAGAACAUAAAGCAGUAUUGGGCUAACCUGAAGCUUUGGUUUAAACAGAAGAUCAGUAAAGAAGAGUUUGAUACAGAGGCCAGGAGACUCCUCUCACAAGACAACGUGCACUUCCACAAUGACUUCCUGCUGGCCAUCCUCACACGCUGUCAGAUCAUGGUGUCUGUGCCAGAGGGUGCUGGCUCCUUGCCCUGGGCAGGCGGGUCUGCCUGCAAACCUGGGAAACCCAAAGGGAAGAAGAAGUUCUCCUCUGUGCGACAGAAAUUUGACCACCGCUUCCAGUCCCUGAACCCCCUCUCCGCAGCCCAGCCCCUCAUGUCGAAGGACCCCCCUGAGGAGGAGGAGGAGGAGGUGCGGCUCAGUGCCCACACGCUGCUGCUCCCCUCCAGAGGGCAGCUGGAGGCCAGGAUGAUGGUGACGGCCUUCGAGCUCGGCCUGGACAACGUCAGCGAGGACGCGGUCAGCACGCUCGUCUGUGCCGUCGAGCACCACCUGAAGGACAUUCUGAUGGCUGUGAUCUCCAGGCGGAAAGCCUAUCGCCUGCGGGACCGGCACUUCAAAUAUGCCUUUGGCAGCAACAUCACCCCUCAGCCCUACCUGAAGAACAGCAUGGGGGCUUACAACAGCAUCCCUGAUGGGCUGCCCCCCAGCACCUCCCUGCCCCCGGGUCCGCCUCCCCAGGUGUCCCCCGAUGAGGCGGAGCAGCAGGCUGCCCUCCUUUUGGCCUGUUCGGGGGACCGCCUCCUGGCUGCCCCGCCUCCAGUCAGCAUGUUUGACCUCCUGGAGGCGCUGCAGAUUCACCGCGAGGCGGUACCCUCACACACAGUCUACGCCCUGAACGUUGAGCGCAUCCUGGCACGGCUGUGGCACCCCAGCCACAAGGAGCUGGAGCAGGACCAUGUGCACCGACAGCGACUGGCAGCCAAGGAGGGACUGGUCCUCAGCUGACACCUGCCCCAGCACAUCGAGGCAGCCCUGGAGACUCUUACUCAAUUCAGUUGCUUUUAUCAGAGAGGUCCUGGGGACAUGCAGCAGGCUCGUACUGGACCACAAGAGGAGAACACUUGCUGUGUUAAAUGGAGAAUCCAAUAGACUUGCUCCUGUCACUGUGGUACAGUUCACAUGUAUCUGCUGUCACUUGUGCUGCCAUUGUUUUAAUGCUGUUGGUGUGUAAAUUAACAUACAGAGCUGAAGUAACGUAGCAGAGCUGAACUGUGAAUAUCCUUUAGGGGAAGAAACCAAGUGCAACAGACAGCAGUUUGAGAGAGAGAGAGAGACAGACAGACGCAGCGUCUGCACCCUUCUCUUUAUACCAUGUUUGAACUGAGUUUCAGACAAUUUUUUUUUUGGUUUGGUUUUGUAUACUACAGCCAUGACAGUAGGAAACGGACAGUAAUUUGUUCGAAGAGUUGAAUUGUAAAUAUUGCAUCAAUUUAUUAAAAUAGCGUAUCUGGUC